AUGGCAACUGUUGCAAAACUUGACAUCUUUCCAUGGACGGAUUCCGAAGACGAUGCCAUGCAGACACAUCAGUCAGAUGUCGACAUGGCUUCCCCUGGUUCAGUGGCUUCUUCAAGAACUCGGGCUCCUGAGUCCCCUGCCUCACAGACGAUUCCGAGGAUCGCAAGCGCGGACCUGGAUGAGAGAUGUAUAUGUGAAACCGCAGUUGCUUCGAAGAUUCUUUGGCAUUGUGUCAGGGUGAUCAAUAGAGUGCGGCAGGAUUUCGGCGGCAAGUCACUUUGCGUGUUCAAGAUUGGCCUAACAUCUGAUCCACUUCAGCGCAGGAGAAGCUACUUGGAAAAGAAUUUCAAGUCCUUCAUUGUGCUACACAAGGUUUCCAAGCCAGAGCUGCUGGGGAUGAUGGAGAUGCUAGAAGCUGCACUGAUAGCGGAGUUUCAUGACGAUGAACACUGCUGCAGAAACAAACAACUGGUUGGGGAGAGUAUGCGCAGGAAGGACUUUACGCCUAGGUUCCCACCUCCAUACUAUGCCUAUUGUGUCGCGGCGAAAGAUCUGGUGCUGGACGCUCAGGCGGCCGCGAAGCGAGAUCCUUGCCCGCUGUUGGCCAAGAUUGCAAAGGUGCCACUGUCUAAUGCCGAUGCUCCCCUGUUUCAGCUGCUGUACAAGAAUGAUUUGGGUUUACCGAUUGACUUUAGCUGGAGGCAGGCUGGCAGCCUGCACAGGUAUCCCUUUUUCAGCCCCAAGAAACAAGUGGAAGUACUGAGUGAACACGGUUACUUCCAUCGAGUAUUGGGACUACCCAUCCACUUGGCAAGCGAAGCUCUUGACGUGUUUUGGCAGAAGUUUCGAGCCCUUCACCCACGACACGAAGUCUUCGAAACGAGUCGGAAUCUUAACUUUCAGAAGUUGAUCCCUUACUACCUGCAUGGGGAUGGUGGCCGAGGGUUUAAGAAGGAUCCUAUCGAGAUCCCAUCAAUGUUUCCAGCCCUUGGCACUGGUUCCAACAAGAGACGUGUGGACCUAAGUUCAAAGCGACCUUUGGAAAGUGAGAUCGAGCUCGGAAUCAACCUGCAGGGACACUCGGGUGCCACGCGGUUCUUGUUUACUGUUCUGAGCAGUUUGGUUGCCAAAAAGGAUGGCGGGGUCUUCGAUGACCUCAUGGUCAUUUGGGGUGAAGAGCUGCGGUCGCUCCUGGAGGAUGGCUUUGAGGCUGCAGGCAGCAAUUGGCGCAUCAUUAUCAUCGGCUUCACUGGAGAUUCUCCUUUCGUAAAGAAGGUUGCCAAGCUUGUCCGCAGUUUCCAUAAUGUUGCUAAGAGGCACACUACACGACAAAAAAAGCAGAAAGGAUGCUGUUGGCUUUGUCACGCCGGCUUCGAAGACCCGGAGCACGGCACAAGGAUUCCCUUUGAGCACUUGGGCUUCACAGAGCCGGAGUGGUUGAAAACCGGCCACCUGAACAACCCGUUGCCAUGGCUUGGUGAUGGUGGUGCUCUCCUGAAGUACAUGCUGCUGGACUUGGGUGAGACACCGGCAGCAUUUUUUCGAGCAGACUUUUUUCAUGUUUGGCAUGCUGGUGUCGGCUUGGACUUCACUUCAAGUGCGUUUAUCUAUGCCAUGAAGGUGCUGUUUGGACAGUCAUCCGUCGCGAAGAAUCUUGAUUGUUUGAAUGAAGCCCUGAAAAACUGGAUGCGUGCCACCAGAGAGAAACUCCAUUGUGGUCAUCUUACAGAAGACCUUCUGGGGUACAAUGGAACGCGGGAAUACCCUGAGGGCAAGUGGUCUAAGAACAUGGACACGGCGGUGUUUAUGAAGUUCCUCACGUUUUUGUUGGACCGCCGUGAUUUCGGAGCAAAAGUUGAAGCUGACGAAAUCCUCACGGAGAUUUCGGCAACUGCAAAAGCAAUGAACGUGGCCAUUAAAACAUGCUUGGAGGCCGAAUACUUUAUGUCGAAGUCACACACCGAGAUCGUCAUGGAGUCUGGUCACAGAUUCCUUACCGGCUACGCUACGCUGGUAUCCAUGUGCCAUAGGAAGUCCCUGUGCUUAUUCAAGCUCAGGCCCAAGCUGCACUACCUCAACCACAUGUUUCAUCGAGUGUUUGAGGAAUGGCAAACCCGUGGUUUUGCUGUGAAUCCCUUGAGCGAGGCCACCUUCGCAAGUGAAGAUUUUGUUGGGCGGACGGCACGCGUAUCGAGGAGAGUCAAUACGAGGGCAGUUGCUGUCAAAACACUGCAAAGAUACAUCUUCUUCAUGCACACAGCGCUCAAGCAUGAAACGUUUCAGAUGAUGGAUUUCAGUAUGCUGUGA